GGAGCAGGUGCUGCUGCGCCACCUGAGGCCCCAUCACAGCCUCUUGCCUUGGGCAGAGCUCUGAGCUGCAGCUUCCUUGCAGCAGGUGGAUGCCUUCAGGGGUUUCCGCUCCUGCCACUUUCCAGUUGGGCCAGCGGGUUCUUGAGCUCCCCUUACCAGCUGUGUUGAUGCAUUUAGGGUUUUUUUUAAAAAAAAUCCUCUCUGCCUUUAGGGCGCAGUUAAGCUUGGUAAUGACAUGUUAAAUGUAAUCAAGUGAAACACUCCCUCUGGAGCCCACAGUGCUGUUGUCUGAAGCUUCCUUGUUCACCUGACUGGCCUUUCCUGGGGCCUUUCCUUGGUUUUUCCUGAGGCCUUGAUGUGGCUGUUUCUGGCUCUGGAAGCUGCAGAGAGGGGAGGGGAUUCCUUCUAUAAGUGCAAACCAAGCGUGUUCUGGACCUAGAAGCCUGUGAAGAGCAAACAGUAGAAUUGUCAGGAACGUUGGCUGGGACGGGUUGGUGCCCUCCUCCUUUGCCUCUUGAUGGUGUGGAUUGGAGGGACGUCCAGCUGAGCAAGCACCCACCAUCAUUGGAGAUUUGAGUGGGGUGCCAUCAGUCCCCACCCCCCAGCCAUGUCCAAAUCCCAGGGCUUCCCUGAAUUCCGAGGGAGGGAGGCAGGGAGGCAGGCAGGCACCAGCCUCUUGUGCAACUGUUCCACAGCUGCCGUGCUCCACCCCACACUGGCCAGGGUAGGGCUGGGCCCUGAGCUCUGUGUGCAUGUUGUGGAAUGGCAGCCAGAGUGUUUUUCCUGAGGCAUUUGAUAUGCAUUCUUUGGGGCCUGAGAAUGGAGGGUUAAAUAGCAGGAAAUCCGGCUAGCCUGCCUUGGGGAGGAGGCGGCGGCGGCUGCAGCCAAGGAGCCAAAGGAGCUGCUGUCUGUCCUUUCUUCCGACUCCUGAACCUGCGCAAGCUUGGCCUGAGUGACAAUGAGAUUCAGCGCCUUCCCCCCGAGGUGGCCAACUUCAUGCAGCUUGUGGAGCUGGACAUCUCCCGCAAUGACAUUCCGGAAAUUCCUGAAAGCAUCAAAUUCUGCAAAUCCCUGGAGAUCGCGGACUUCAGUGGAAACCCCUUGUCUAGGCUCCCGGAGGGCUUCACCCAGCUGCGCAGCCUGGGCCACCUGGCCUUGAACGACGUCUCCCUGCAAAGCCUGCCCAGUGACAUUGGCAAUUUAGCCAACCUGGUGACCUUGGAGCUACGUGAGAACCUGCUCAAGUCUCUCCCUGCUUCCCUCUCCUUCCUGGUCAAAUUAGAGCAACUGGACCUUGGGGGCAACGACCUGGAGGUGCUGCCGGACACACUGGGCGCGCUGCCAAACCUGCGGGAGCUGUGGCUGGACAGGAACCAGCUGUCGUCGCUGCCCCCAGAGCUGGGCAAUCUGCGCCGCCUGGUGUGCCUGGAUGUGUCUGAGAACAAGCUGGAGCAGCUGCCGGGCGAGGUCAGUGGGCUGGUGGCCCUGACAGACCUGCUGCUCUCACAGAACCUGCUGGAGUCCAUUCCAGAUGGGAUUGGCCAGCUGAAGCAGCUCUCCAUCCUGAAGGUGGACCAGAACCGGCUGGGGGAGGUGACAGAGGCAAUUGGGGACUGUGAAAACCUGUCUGAGCUCAUCCUGACGGAGAACAUGCUGACGAUGCUGCCCAAGGCCCUGGGGAAGCUCACCAAACUGACCAACCUGAAUGUGGACCGGAACCGGCUGAUGGCCCUUCCCCCCGAGAUUGGGGGCUGCAGCAGCCUCAACGUGCUCUCCCUGCGGGACAACUGCCUGGAGUUCCUGCCUCCUGAGCUGGCCGGCACCGUGGAGCUGCACGUGCUGGACGUUGCUGGCAACAGACUGCAGCACCUGCCCUUUGCCCUGACCAAUCUCAACCUGAAGGCGCUCUGGCUGGCAGAGAACCAGUCGCAGCCGAUGCUCAAGUUCCAGGCGGAGGAUGACGAGAAGACCGGGGAGAAAGUGCUCACCUGCUACCUCCUCCCACAGCAGCCGUCACCCAGCCUGGAGAACCUGCAGAACAGCCUGGACGACAGCUGGAUGGACACCAACCUCAACCGCGUCAGCGUGAUCCAGUUUGUGGAUGAGCCCAAGUUGGAUGAUGAGGAGGAGCUGGGGGCCGAGAGGAGGGGCCUGCAGCGAAGGGCAACUCCCCACCCAAGUGAGCUGAAGUCCAUGAAGAAGGUGAUGGAAGGGCGCCGCAGCGAGGCAUCUGCUGCCAAACUGGACACCCAGCGGGAUUCUUCCAGUUCAGAGGAGAAGAGGCUGAGUGCCACCUCCAACCGCAGCGAAGACUCACGGGUCUCCAGCAGCACCAUCUCUGCCAGCUGCCAGGAGGCGGCAGUGGCAGCAGCAGCAGCGAAGCACCUGCGGGAGGCCUCAAGGCCAGAAGAGGCAGUGAGGGCCACUGAGGGGCAGGAGGAGGAAGAGGAGGAGGAGGAGCAGGAGCAGGAAGGCUGGUGGCAGCGGCGGCGGCAACAGCAGGAGGCCGGGGUGGCUGUGGAGGAAGCCCCAGCUGGCCCUGAGGAGGAGGAGGAGCUGGAGUACAAUGAGCCCACGGUGCACUUUGCAGAAGACACACUGGUGCGCAGCGAGGAGGAGGAGGAGGAGGAGCAGCCCCCGUUCCCAGCAGGGAAGCAGCGGCUCAUCCGCAAGGACACCCCCCACUACAAGAAGCACUCCAGGAUCGCCCAGCUGCCCCGGCCAGAGGCAGUGGUGGCCCUUUUGCAGGGGCUGAGUGCUGAGGGGGGGCCCCAGGAGAAGGAGGCCGCCCCCGUGGAGGAGGAGGAGGAAGAGGAGGAGGAGGAGGCCAGGUGGGAUGGAGACCAAGCCCAGGAUGGGGCUGCACCUGCCCCACCCUCCUCGGUCAAGGGGGUGUCGUUUGACCAAGCCAAUAAUCUGCUGAUUGAGCCUGCUCGCAUUGAGGAGGAAGAGCUGACCCUGAGCAUUGUGCGGCAGACGGGGGGGCUGGGCAUCAGCAUUGCGGGGGGCAAAGGCUCCACCCCCUACAAGGGAGACGAUGAGGGCAUCUUCAUCUCCCGCGUCUCGGAGGAGGGUCCAGCUGCCCAGGCAGGGGUGCGGGUGGGGGAUAAGCUCCUGGAGGUGAACGGGGUGCCUCUGCAGUGUGCGGAGCACCAUGUGGCGGUGGAGGCUCUGCGUGGCUCGGGCACCACGGUCUCCAUGACGGUUCUGCGGGAGCGGAUGGUGGAGCCGGAGAACGCUGUCACGGUGACCCCACUGCGGCCGGAGGACGACUACAGCCCCCGGGAGCGGCGGGGGGUCAGCCUGCGCUUCCCGGAGAGGCCCGAGGGAGCCCCCCUGACGGAGCGCCUCUCCACGUGCCUCAUGCGCAACGAGCGGGGGCUGGGCUUCAGCAUCGCAGGCGGGAAGGGCUCCACACCGUACCGGCCAGGGGACACGGGGAUCUUCAUCUCACGGAUCGCAGAGGGGGGCGCAGCCCAUCGGGACGGGACCCUCUGUGUGGGCGACAGGGUCAUCUUGAUCAAUGGGGUAGACAUGACGGAAGCCAGGCAUGAUCAGGCCGUAGCGCUGCUUACUGCCGCCUCCCCCACCAUUGCGCUGCUGGUAGAGAGAGAGGCUGUGCCCGCUGCCCCCACCGCCGCCACCCAGCCCAGCGAGGAAGACCUGCCCUUGGGGCAGCGGGCACAGCGGGCACACUCUCCGCCACCACCGACCCCCACCUACGGGGAGAGCCCACCUGAGGAGACGCCCCUGCCCCACAGGAACCACCCCGCCCAGAGCCUGGAGGGCCAGUACCCCAUGGAGGAGGUGAUCCUGGUCAAAGCGGGGGGGCCACUGGGGCUCAGCAUUGUGGGCGGCAGCGACCACUCCAGCCACCCCUUUGGGAUCCAUGAGCCGGGGGUCUUCAUUUCCAAGGUCAUUCCUCGCGGCCUGGCCUCUCGCAGUGGGCUGCGGGUGGGAGACCGGAUCCUGGAGGUGAACGGCAUUGGCCUCCGACACGCCACGCACCAGGAGGCCGUGACUGCACUGCUCUCCAACACACAGGAGCUGAGGAUGGUCGUCCGGAGAGACCCUCCGCCCCCUGGCAUGCAGGAGAUCUGCAUUGAAAAGAGGCCAGGGGAGAAACUUGGCAUCAGCAUCCGAGGAGGCGCCAAGGGCCAUGCGGGGAACCCCUUUGACCCCACGGACGAGGGCAUCUUCAUCUCUAAGGUCAGCUCCACAGGGGCUGCAGCCCGUGACGGGCGGCUGAGGGUGGGCAUGCGCAUCCUGGAGGUGAACCACCAGAGCCUGCUGGGCAUGACACACACGGAAGCUGUCCAGAUCCUGCGCGCUGUGGGAGACACCCUUCUGGUGCUGGUCUGCGACGGGUUUGACCCCAAGGCUGUGGCGGCUAUUGAGAUAUCUCCUGGGAUCAUUGCCAACCCCUUUGCAGCCGGCAUUGGGCGCAAGAACAGCCUGGAGAGCAUUUCCUCCAUUGACCGGGACCUCAGUCCGGAGGAGCUGGAUGUCCUUCAGAAGGAGUUGGAGAUGGUGAGGGAGACAACCCAGUGGGAGAGGGAAGAGACGGAGAAAGUGGAGCGGAAGCGCCGGGAGCGAGAGACGGCCACGCAGCUCCUGGCGGAGGAGGAGGAGGAGGCUGAGGACCUUGGCGCUGAGCCCCUGCAGCUGGACUACCGCACCUUGGCAGCGCUCCCCAACAGUGGCCUCCAGAAAGCCACCCGUGGCCUUGCCCUUCCUUGUGCCAUGGAAAGGGACCCACGGGCGCCUCCCCUGCUGGCCCCGACUCCCUUGGACCUGGGCCAGGCAACCAGCGCCACAGCCCCCACCAAGGGGGCUGCCCCCUCACUACUGCCAGCUGCGGAGGUGGUGGAGGAAGAGAGCUUGGUGGACUCGCAGCCCAUCCCCUUCAGUGCCAAUCCCUUUGUGCUAGCCAACCGGCAGGGCAAGGCGUGCCUGGGGGGGCCUCCCCUUGGCUAUGGCAAGGGGGGAGUGCUGAAGACCAGCCUCUGUGCCAAGGCCCUUUCGGGGGAAGGGGAAGCGGGAGCCGCCUGGCGAGAUUCUCCCUACUCUCCUGGCAGCCAGCAGCCUCCUGCUGCCCCCCGGCUAGCCCACCUGGUGGGCAGAGAGACCCGCUUUGCUGCCGUCCACUUUGUUCCCAGCCACAGCGAAAGCAAGUCCUCGACCAAGCCGGGCGUGAUCCAGCCCGUCACCCGCAUGCGCCCAGCCCCAGCCCAUGCGACCUCGGAAGGCCGGGACAGCCCCAAUCCAUUCCAGCAGCCUGAGCUCUGCUCCAGCGCCCACAACUCUCCACGAUCUCCCAGGCCCCCCUCGCCAGGCGACGUCCCUGUCAGCGCCAAGCAGGCCUACAAGGCCUUUGCAGCUGUCCCAGUGCCACAUCUGCUCCUGGAGCCUGAGGAGCCCCAGAAGCAGAAAACUGCAGAGCAGCCUCCCGGCCUCCCUGAGGUGAGUGGCAGGGGAGCCGGGGGGCCUGUUUCUCCUGGCCAGGCUCCGCUGCUGGGAGGCGGCCUGCACAGCCCAGAGCAGAGGUCCUUCCGUGAGAGGCAGAAGUACUUUGAGGUGGAGCUGAAGCAGCAGCCGGCCGAGAAGCCGCCCAAGAGGGUGUCACUGGUCGGGGAGGAAGACCUGAGGAAGAUGAAGGAGGAGGAAGCUCGCAAACUGCAGCAGAAGCGAGCUCAGCUGCUGGAGGAAGAGGAGGAGGAGGAAGAGGAAGAGGCGGAGGCCGCCAGGCAGAGACGCCAGCCAGAUGUCCCCUCCAGCAUCUUCAUUGAGGGCGUGGAGUACAAAGUGGAGAAGCUGGAUGGGCAGAGCCUGCUGCCCUCCACGCCCUGGUUCCCAGAGCUGGAGAGGCACAAUGGCUCCUCGCCGAGGAAUUCCCUGGAGGAGGGCCGGAGGCUGGAGGUGCGGCCCACUUCCAUGGCUGGGCUGAGCCCUGUGUACCCCAAAAGCGGCAGUGAGCCUGGGGCUCCCGUGCGGACGGCGAAGGCUGAGCGCCGGCAGCAGGAGCGCCUUCGCAUGCAGAGCCCAGAGCUGCUCAGCGCCCAGGAGAGGAAGGAGCUCUCCCCAGCCGAGCGCCGGGCGCUGGAGGCCGAGAAGAGGGCCAUGUGGCGAGCAGCACGCUCUUCCACCCUAGAAGAGAGCAUGAAAGAGUAUGAGCAGGAUCUGGCCAGGAGGCUCUACCAGGCCCGCCAGCAGGCACCGGGGGGGCAGGGCCCUGCUGCUGCUGCUGCUACCACCACAAGGAGCCCGGGGCCAGGGGGCCACCUCAGGAUGAAGUCCCUGGAGCAGGAUGCCCUCAAGGCCCAGAUGGUGAUUGCCAAGUCCAAGGAGGGCAAGAAGAGGUCCACCCUGGAGCAGCUGGCGGAGUCUCCCUCGCCCGCCCCCACCCCCUCACCCACCCCCCUGGAGGACUGCAGCCCCCGAAUCCUGACUUCUCCAGGCAGGCUGUCUGUGCCUGAAAAGAAGUUUCUCUACAGGGAAUUUGCUGCCAUUCCUUCUUCCAAACCAGUUUAUGAAAUCCAGACUCCAGAUGGCGGAAGCACCUGCAGACUCAACGAUGCCAGCAGCUCAGUGAGCCAGGAGCAAGACGGACAGGCAGCAGCCCAGGAGCCCCUUGGGGCACACGACCCCUUGAUUCCCAGUGCAACUCCCCCUCGGGAAGAGAUGGGGCUCUGCAGCAGCAGCAGCAAGCGCAAACUCCGGCCAACCCAGCACAACCUGGAAGCUGCUGUCCCCACAUAGUAGACUUGCCCUUGGGGGCUGUUAGAAACACCACCAAGCCAAGUCUGUGGACAGUGUGGUGAUGUGGCCAGCUGGCUCCCAGGGCUCCCAGGUGGGCCUGGACAGAACAAGUUCCCUGGAGCCUCAGCUGGCAUCUUGUGGGCUGUGACUCUCCUUCCUCCUCCUCCUCCCCACGCAGAGGGGCAGGUUGUGAGCUAACUGGGGCCGAAGAGAGCAGUGAGGGGGCGGGGGGGGACCCAUGCAGGGCAUGUGUGCGUGUAAAUAUUGGGUGUGUGCGUGUGCGUGUGCAUGCAAGGGUGCCCGGGUGUUGCAGCUGCUUCAGGCUGACCAUCGUUUGCAGAGGGCCUAGCCCCAGCUGACAUUUGCCAAACAGCAAGGGGGCUACUUGGGAAGCACCAACUGUCCUACCUCCUCCCUGAUUCAGGGCAAAGGGCAACAGAGGGACAGCACCUUUGUGCAGGAUGGGGAUGGAGAGGGGGGUUAUUGCCAAGUGCUGCCAUUUUCCUUCUGUAGAGCCUGGGGGCCCAUCCAUGCCGUGAGGGGGGCACGGGCGGAAAUGGGCACUUCUGCCUCUUCAGCAAGGGUUGGAGGGAACGUUUGGGAGCUGCCUGGUGCUAGCAAACGUAGAGCAGCGUGGGAGCAAGAGUAGGAGCAGGCUAGUUUCAUUAGGAUGGGGUGAAGCAGAUAGAAGGUACAGGUAAAAGGGGGGAUUUGGUGGUUGGGGUGCAGGGAGGGGGUAGUGCAGGGUAGGGCAAAGAUGUUGGGGCACAGGUUGGCGGCUGAGGGUCAGGUGGGGCUGGUGUCUGUGUCGAGGUGCUCCAGCAAAGGCCAGGGCUGCUGCUUGCUCUGCCUGCUGGCUCCAGCCUCUCGGGCCCCUUUCAGAGAAGAGUGGCACUGCCUGUGCGUGGCGGUGGCUUGGCCUCACUCCUUGCUGGGUGGUGGUGAGCAGUGGGUGGCACUGGCUGGCGUGUGUAUGUGCUCUCAUCACGUGUGCAAACUUGCCAGGCAGCCUCUGCCAAAGGACAAGAUGCAGAACCUCCUCAUGCCAAAAUCAGAGGAUCAUUUUAACAGAACUUCUGUGUUUGUCUCCAGAGGGCGAGAGGGGAGGCUUCCCUCUGCCUGCCUCUCUCUAGCUGCACAGUGGCUGCUUCCACAGCAGCAGUUAGAGCUUUUUGAUUUUAAUCUAAUUUUAGCAUUUGCUUUUAAUGAGCAAUUUGGGAAGUGAUCAGGCAGGGUUUCCGUGACUAACAUACAACUUCUCUAGGUGCUGGGCUGUGGCAUGUCUCUCCUGUCUAUCUGUCUCCUCUCCCAGAACACUCCGAGGGAGAUCAAGACUGUAACUAGUGACAUUUGUACAACCAAAGAAAUCUAUUUUGUGGUUCAAGGACAAUAAAGUUUACUUUACAUUUUAGAAA